GCUGGGGCUAAGGACAGGCGGAGGGAGCGGGAGCGCGAGGUAACCCCCCCGCCCGCUUCCCUCCUCGGCUUUGCUGAGGCCGGCAAGAAGCAACAGCAGCAGCAGCUGCUGCCCCUGCCGCCUGGUUGGCUUGCCGCUGCGCCGCGUGCUCGAGCCGGAGGCUGCUUUGCGAGCGCCCCGCCGCCCCGCUCCAGCCAAAGGAGCCGGCGCUGGGCUCGCAGCAGCCGAGGCAGCCCUGGCUCUCGGGGGAGCGACCCUGUGCAUGCUGCCACACGCAUGUGCGGGCGAAGGCUCCGGGAUCGGAGCCGCUGCCUCGGCGGGCAUGAAAUGUGCGCUCCUCGGGCUGGCGAAAUCGCCCAGCAAGAAAGGCGCCGCUGAAUGGCCGAGGGGGGAGCGGGAGGAAGAAGGCGAGGAAGAGCCGGCCGGAGCCAGGAGCCCCAGCCGCUGCUUGCCCAGCAUGCUGAGGAAGGUGGAAAGACAUGAUAUGAAUACCCUCAGCCUGCCCCUUAAUAUUCGCCGGGGAGGUUCGGACACCAACCUCAACUUUGAUGUACCUGAUGGUGUGUUUGAGUUUCACAAAGUAAAACUCAGUGCAGACAGUUUGAAGCAAAAGAUUCUGAAAGUUACGGAGCAGAUCAAAAUAGAACAAACAGCUCGGGAUGGGAAUGUGGCAGAGUAUUUGAAGCUCGUGAACAGUGCGGACAAACAACAAGCGGGUCGAAUUAAACAAGUAUUUGAAAAGAAGAAUCAAAAGUCUGCCCAUUCCAUAGCCCAGUUGCAGAAGAAAUUGGAACAAUAUCACAGAAAGCUCAAAGAGAUAGAACAAAACGGUUCCUCCAAAAGUACCAAGGAUACUUCCAAAGACAGCCUGAAGGAAAUCCAACAUUCCCUGAAAGAUGCCCAUGGGAAAUCUCGUACUACUGGCCAGAGCAAUGAGAGCAGCAAAACAGGUGUUCCAGGAGUCUCCUUGACACCACCAGUGUUUGUUUUCAGCAAAUCCAGAGAGUUUGCAAACCUGAUCCGGAAUAAAUUUGGUAGUGCUGACAAUAUUGCUCACUUAAAGAGCAGCCUGGAUGAUUUUAGGCCGGAAACUACUUCCAGGGCCUACGGCGGAAGUGCUACUAUAGUGGCCAAGCCAAAAUACACCAGUGAUGAUGAGUGCUCAAGUGCAACAUCUGGCUCUGCGGACAGCAAUGGAAACCAGUCCUUUGGCCGUGGUAGAACAAAUGCUCUGGAAAGCCAUGGGAAACUAUCAAUUCUCUUUGAGGGACUGCGGGAAAUAAAGGAAGCACAAUCCCAGUUGGCAGAUGACAUUGAGAAUUUAAAAGUACAAUUCAAAAGAGAGUAUGGCUUUAUUUCUCAAACACUGCAGGAGGAAAGGUACAGGUAUGAGCGAUUGGAAGACCAGCUGAAUGAUCUAACAGACCUCCACCAGCAUGAGACAGCCAACUUGAAGCAAGAACUUGCUAGUAUUGAAGAAAAGGUGGCGUAUCAGGCCUAUGAACGGUCGCGAGAUGUUCAGGAAGCUUUGGAAUCUUGCCAAACACGGGUCUCUAAGCUGGAGAUUCAUCAGCAAGAACAGCAAGCCCUGCAGUCAGAAACCGUUAAUGCCAAAGUCUUGCUGGGGAAAUGUAUAAACGUAGUCUUGGCCUUCAUGACCGUAAUCCUAGUGUGCGUCUCCACCAUAGCCAAGUUUAUAGCUCCUAUGAUGAGAAGCCGUUUUCAUAUCAUUUGCACCUUCUUCGCAGUAACUCUUCUUGCAAUUUUAUGCAAAAACUGGGAUCACAUUGUCUGUGCCAUAGAAAAGAUGAUCAUACCAAGAUGAAUCCACGAUGCCCAGAGCAUUUUUGUUUUUAAAAGAAGAAAUACUUCUAAACAAACUACCAAAUCUUUAAUUUUGCAGUUUACCUGUGCAGACUAAAUGAAGACUUUUCUAUUGGGUAUUAAAAUGUGAUGGUGAUAACUCCUGGCAGUGUAUUUCACCUCAUCAGUCACCUUAUAUGAAAUGAGGUGAAUCUGUUAUAGACUAAUUACUUGUGUAAAUCUUUCUGCCUUAAUCUAAUCUACUUUUUCUACGCUGCAGAAAUCCUGAACAGUCAAGUCUUGAAUACAUGAUCUUAACUAGACUGGGGUUUAGGAGAAGUAUAGUAUAAAUAAGAAACAGCAAUCCUAGUUGGGAGGUUGCAUAUUCAUGAACAGUCACCUGCAUCAUUCCACUUUACAUAGUCGCUACUGUUCCCUUAUGAAGCAUAUGCAAACAAUAAGCUGAGAUUUACACACCUUGGAGAAGUGCACAUUUUUGGCAUCUCCUGAAGACAGAUAUUUAUAAGGUAGAAACUGUGAUGGAGUUUGUUAUCUCUCUUGCCUGCUGCUGACAUUGGCCCAAUAGUCAAAGAGGAUUCUUACUUAAACCUUGCCCCCAAAUUGGUUUUGCCUUACAGUUUAGUUUAUAUUAAAUAUUAUAUUCCAUUCCACUUCUGUUUCAUGAUCUUAAAUAUAUAUGCAUAGCUGUCCCAACUGUUGAAUAAAUGAGGAUUUGCCAAUCAUGUGGUCCAAACAUGGGUAUUUAUCUCUUUUUGAUAAAUCUAUGUUGUCUAAUGGGAACUACUUUUUGGCUGAAAUGCAGUGAUAGGAGUCACUCAUCACAUCCCUUUAGAAACCUGCAGCUGUCUAGUGACUGAUGUUGCCAUGAGCAAAUAAGAACAAUAGCAUGCAGUCCAAACAGUAUAAUCUUUUCGGCUUUUGUUUUCAUUUUUGUUGUCCUUGGUUGUUGUUGGGUUUUUUUUUUUACUUUUGACCACUAAAAUACAUUGUCUGAUGUAUUUCUCUGGUGAUAAUUUGUGAUGCUCUCCCAACAUCUAGCUAUAGCAGGGCAGUAUUCUCAAAUCAAUGUCUUUAGCCUAAAAUAAUACCGCAAUCACUGUGAAGUUUGUAUUGAAAUAAAACUUCAUGUAUGAAAAUACUUGUAUAAGAUAUGUGAAUAAAUAUGGUUAGGAAGUGAAAAGGUGAGAAAUACAUUAGUGGUGCUUUUUUUGUUUGUUUAAAAAACGAUGAAAAGGCAUCUGCCAAUUUAAUUAUCAGCACUGGUUGCAGAAGAAUGUUGUAACAGUAAUUUGCUUGAAUUCUAAUGAAUUACCCUGUUGCACAUGUCCCAUUAAUUUUAAUGGGGUUCACACUAGAGAAUGAUGAAACUGUUAAGUUUCAGUUUCUCAUGAGUUUCACAUUUUUAUAAUUUUAAGUUUAGUUUACCACAUUUCUGCAUCCAUUUGCUAUUUUAUGUUUUGGUUAUGCAUUUUACAGUAAUGUACAUUUCCCCCUAAUAUAUGCAUUUUUGUACACAUCUUUGGGUUGGAGAACUGCGUCAUGAAAAUUAACAGAACUGUGAAUCUUGAAAGCUACCUGUAUUUAAAUUCACGUACAUUGUUUCAGGAAGUGUGAAUAAGGUAUGUUCACAUUGGGCUCUUCCAUACAGUAGUUUAAUAGGAACAGUAAGUUUUUCUGUACUUUCAUUAAUUGUCCAUUGUCCAUAUGAUGUUCUCCUCCAAAUCACUGACCUCCCUCAGUUUGGAUUCUUUCAUACAAGGGAUGCUCCAAAAGGAGAGGGCGUGAGAAAAUCUGGAGGAGGAUAGAAUGUGACUUGGAAGAGAAUGCCAUGUGGACAAUGGAGAAUUAAUGGAGGUACAGGUAGGUUACUGUUGACAUUAAACAACGGCAUGGAGAAGUCCAUUAAGAUGUGAACCAAACCAGAUUUCUCCCUCAUCUCUACCUCACACAGGAGAAACUGUGCUCCAAGGGCACUUCCAGAUGCAGGCAUCUGCCUAUGAAUGUAAUUGUGUAGAAGACUAGCACUGUGCGGUUGCCAGCCUGCUAUAGUAAGAAUCCUGCCUGUCAUGGAAGGAUCAGGGCUAGUGUUUACUUAGCAGUUUUAGUGCUAGGAAAGUAAUAGUGGCAGCACUUGCGAGAAUUGUAUUUUGUUGAACAGUGAAGGCUUAGUAAAGGCUGUGCAGUUCUCCUGAGAAAAGCCCAGAGUUUGGAAAGCCCCCUUGAGGCUUGGCAUGAUUUCAGGAGCUAAUUUGCUAACGAUGUAAAUACUGGUAAAGUUUGCACUUUAAAAAUGGUUUAAAAAAUCAAUAUGUGCAAUGUUUUGUUUUCGUGUGUUUUUUUAAAAAAACAAACAAAUGUGGAACUGAACUUGCUGACGACAAAGACUAAGACAUCUGUCUAUAUAUACAGCAUUGCUAACUAUAUCGAGAAGAAGAAGACAAUGGAGACAACAGGCAUAUAUUAUUUUUAAAGUCCUUUAUUUUUCUAUUAAUUCCCCAAUAUUCCCUUAUUGUUGCAUUAAAAUCUCUAAUUUGAGGGAGGAAGAGUGUGGGUGAGUGUACUGGGUCUAUCCCCCUCCAAUGUCAGAGCCUGUGGAGGUAUUGACCUCCAUGCCACAGAGGGAAGAACUUCUCAAGUGAAGAGUCUGGUCUUACACAUGUAAACUCCCUGCAUGGGAUGUUGGUGGUUCCCACAAGGAGCUUCACCCAAUAAAAGAGGUCCCUCUGCAGAUGUUUGCCUUCCCAAUACAUGGAAACAGUGUUGAAAGUGCAAUUUAUGGAAUAGGGCCUACAGGCUUGCUCCCCUUCUCCCCCUCAUACAAUUCAAGUAUGAGACAGAAUACCCAAAUAAACUGAAUUCUUUGCAAAAGAUCCCAAAGUACCCCUAAUUUUUUUUUGGGGGGGGGGAAUAGGAGACUAAACUGGGUGCCUUAAUCUACAUCAUAUCCUCUAAAAUGUUCAGGA